AUGGAGCGCAAGGUGGUGGCGGUGUGCGCGGUGGUCGGUUUCCUCGGCGUCCUCUCGGCGGCGCUCGGCUUCGCGGCCGAAGCCACCCGCGUCAAGGUGCGUCUCGCCGCCUCCCUCUUCUUCUGCGCCAGCGCGGCGGUUAUGCGCUGGCGCCGUUGCUUCCCCGUUCUUCCUGAGUACAGUACGGCGAUGGUCUUGCCUCCGCCGACUCCGAGUGGUAGAUCUCGGUCGCUCCUGAGCGCUGGAGUUCUCGGCGGAGGAGCGGUCGGCGAUUGGGCGCAUCCUUCGGCCGGGGAGCCGAGUCGGCUGCGGUGCACUUUCAUUAUCGCAUUCCUUCUCCUGCUGACUGGAGCUGCCCUGAAUGACCAGAGAGGCCAGGAGAACAUGUACUUUGGUAGCUUCUGCUAUGUCGUGAAGCCAGGGGUCUUCUCCGGGGGAGCGGUGCUAGCCCUCGCCAGCGUGGCGCUAGCGAUAGUCUACUACGUCGCCCUGUCAUCGUCAAAGGGUCCUCCGCCGACAUUUGCAACCCCGCAGAACCAUGGCAUCGCGAUGGGCCAGCCUGUGAUCCCGCAGCAGAGCAGCGAACCGGUGUUUGUCCACGAGGACACUUACAAUCGGCGGCAACAGGUCCCGUGA